AUGUUCAAAAAUCACUAUCAGGGUGGCCCAUUUGUUGAAAUAUUCAGUGCUCAAGGCGAGAACCCAGGAGCAAAAUGGAAGAUUUUUGGCAAUCCAUCAGCUAUAUGGAAAGAAUAUGAUAAAGAAGUAAAAGGCUUUGUUUUCAUACUUAAAGGAAGCAGUCAAAUCAACAAAAUGCAGCUACCAAAGGAAAACAGACAAACUUUGGGACUGAUCCAGCGGUUUCUGACACUUCAGAUUUUUGUGCUGUCAGGACAAGACUUCUCCACUGAGUUACUGAUAACUGAUUUAGGAAAUAUUAGAAGAAGAUUGUAUUUAUCAACAGUCCACAGGGAGUUGUCUGUAACCCCUCUGCAUGCAAAAAUUCCUCUGUUUAUGAUCAAGCGCAAAAUAUGGUGCAAUAUGUGUAUUGACUUGGUAGCAUUCACCAGUGAAAUAUUCAGAGGAGCUAUGUUCCAGUCUUUGGAUGGAAUUAUUAUUUCGGCUAACUGUAAACUGAGAAAGAUCUUCACUUUAAAAUCCAAGCCUCAAGAUACAGCUGAGGAAGACGAUAUGUGUGUUGUUCCGUGUAUGCCCUGUGAGCCCACAGAUGUUAUUCCUCGAUCCUGCCAGCUAAAUUCAGAUGUGCCACAAGUUACACAAUUGCUGAACCUGACUAAAAUUCACAAACCAGAAAUAAAAUGCAGGAGAUAUCCAGUAACAGUGCAAGAAACAGGUAGCUUGGAUAAUAGAGGACAAGGCAAUAUACGCAGCAGUAAAACUCAGGAUGUGUCACAUAUUGCAUUUGGAUCAAAGAUCCUUGGGCCACCUCCGUCUUCAAACAGAAGAGUCAGUACAAGGAUAUCUGGAGAGGUAACAAGGACCUGGGGUAGCAAAAGUAAUAGAUCAUGCCAACUUCAAAGUUCAGAAAAGGGAACUGAAUUUGUACAAGAUAUUGAGAGGCUGGAGCUAUCGUUCUCACCCUGCAGCAAUUCUUUAGAUCAAGAAGGUAAAAGAAACACUCACCGAACAACUGAAGAUGUUUGUCAAAAUGACCCUACAAAACAGGCUCAGAAAACCUCUGAGAGUGGAAGAGCAGAUUUUCAGCUCACCUCACCACAAGGACCAUCAGCAGAGAAGAAUAGUCAUAGAAGAUUAUCUCUAAAAAAUGCAGCCAAAACCACAUGGGAGAUAACCAGUGAUGAAUGGGUGUUUCCAGAAAGUUUCACUGAGAGUAUUCAGUUGGAUAGGAGUGAGCAGUUCGUACCUACUGAAGAUUCAGCCUGCCAUAAUUUAACCUCACCACAGAAUGCCACUGUUGAACAUCACAGUAGUGAAACAGGUGAUCACCAAGUGAACAAUAAAGAUAUUUUCACAUUUUCAUCAAGACCUCAAUCAGCUCCUCAUGGGAAGUCUCUAAAUAUGUCAGCAGAAUGUUGCAUUUUGCCUUUGGAUUUGAAGCAAGACAGUAACGGAGUACAUGGGAAAACCCAAAUUGAAGAUAACUUUAAAGGAACUGACAGCAGUGAAGAGGAUGACAACUAUGAAUUCAUCCAGAGUACUGAGAACCUUGAGAUCAGCUGCAGCAGGCAAGGAACAUCUGAUUCAGCAGUUUUUAAAGAGACCCCAUUAAAGAGGAUGUCAUGGAGAAAUGAACACUGGAAGAAUAAGGGACACAGCAAACAUAACCUUGAGGAGACCAUCUUAUCAAAACCACAGAGUUCCACUGUGAGAAAAACCAAUUCUGAUAGCUCUCAGAGAAGCUUAAAGCCUACCCUUUCUCUUUCUCCAACUGGAAGUAAAUCUGAGUUCUUUAAAGUAAUUCCAAAUGGAUCUGAAAAAGCUGAAAGAUAUGAAGGAGUUCCUAGUCAAUUAAAAAGAUCAGUAAGUAAAAAGUCUCUCAAGAAAAUCUCAAAGGAAGAUUCCUGUUUGACAAUCCAGAGUUAUGAAUAUGACUGGAAAAACUACCAGUCAGAUAGACUGAGUUCAUCUGAACUACAGAUGCUGGCUAGCAUGAAGAGACAACAAAAUGAAGAAUUACAGGAUACUGGGAUCUCACAUGGACUGAGCGCAUCUCAGAUAGAUAACUGCAAUGUUAGUAUAAGUACAAGCAGUGAUGAUACAGCAACCUGGAACUCUGGUUUCCCACCACCCAUCAGUCAGGAGCAUCACUAUCAGAAAGAAAUGAGCCUACUUUCUCAUUCCAACCCACGGGACUGGUUGAAUGUGUUCAGUCCCCCCAUCAUUCCUGGAAGCCAACUGGUAGAGCACACUGAAUCUUCAGCAAAUCAGAGUAUUCCAGGUGAAGAGGACCUCAGUGCUGAAGAUGAGGAAGUUUUGACUCUCUUGUAUGAUCCAUGUCUGAACUGUUACUUUGAUCCAGAUUCUGGGGAGUACUAUGAAUUGGCGUAG